CUAAACCAACUGGAAAUGGGUCGCGGGGUCAAUGCUGGUGGUGGUCAAAGCUCUUUGGGUUAUCUCUUUGGCAGUGGAGAAACAGCGGCCGCAAGCAAUAUCCAAAGAGCAAGCAAUCAAGGUCAGCCUGCAAAUGGUGGACAUACUCCUUCUAAUGUGCAUGCUGCAUCACCACCAUCCGAGAAGCAAAUUCCGGCCGGAAUUCCAGGGACUCUUACCAACAAUUACCACCGGGCCGAAGGACAGAACUGCGGGAAUUUUCUCACAGUACACCCCUUGUCAACUUUUUGUUAAAUUCUUUUCAAUUGGACUGCAUAAUUUACUUCACGGUAGAGUAUGUUAGCCUAGAAAGUUCUAGAAUACUUGCCAGUUUUGUGUUAUAAUAGAUAGGAUUGAAAAUUU